UACUGGUAUACAGCACUUUUAUGAAUGAUAAACUAAUUGGCGGACACGCAAACAACAAAUCUUUCCAGAGAAUUGAUCAACUCUGCGUUGAGUGCAUGGCUUAACGCAUAUAAGCAGUAUUACGUCCAGUACUGGUAGAUAGAGACAUCAAUAUGAUUAGCUCGGUAAAGUGAUAAGAUAAUUGCGAUUGGAUGGACCGUGGGCGUCACAAUCGGAAGGAGAGUUGUGAAGUCGGUGUCAACCAAUAAGCUUUGGUUCAGCGACCGGAUCAUCGCUAUGAAUAUUGUCGUCGAGAGCACCAUAAGCACCAUCGUACUUUUCAGCAACUAGGUGAAGCAGUGAUUUUGACAGGGAUUUACUAUAACCCAUCAUGCAGUUUCAUUGAGGUCCCAUAGCACAUCGUCUUAAGAGUCGGUCCUGUGAAUACACCCAUCGCUACAAUCUGGAGAAAGUAUUGAAAUUAUUUCUCAAUCGGACUCCAAAUAUUUCAAAGUGUUUAAACCACUUCAAGACUCGAUUCAAAGAUAUUCUUUGUGGCUUCAUCAACAACUCCUUGGAGUGAAACUUCUUCGACAUAUUUUUGUUGGUGACUGAUAUUCCGAUUUAUUCCUUUCGAUUAUUAAUUGCGACUUGAAGUAGUACUUUUACUUCUUCCAGCCGAAAAUAAAGGUUGAAACCUCUUCAAUAUUUUGUUACUCGAGAAUAAAUCAUCCGUGGUAACUUCACACCUUGAAGACAAAUUCAUCAGAAGUUAAAAAAUCUGCAGGUCGAAAACUAAAGCUUUUUUUUCAUUUGGGUAGUUUCAGCGGAAAGAGAUUAUUUUGUUCACGAUGGUUCCGGGGUCGACGAGAAGAUUUUUAUAUGGGCUCAUCCGAGGAUUGCCGUCCCAAGCAUCACCGAAGACUUCAGCGUCGUCGUCAUCAUCGUCGUCGUCACCAUCGUCGUCGAUGGCGAUGUCGAUGCGUGCAUCAGAGGGAAGGAGAUGGUCUUCCACUCAAUCACCACCUCCUCCUGCACCUCUUCUGACGUCCACUCGAAGUAUUCUAACCAUCCACAGUGAAAAACCCAGCAUUGAUAGGGAGGAGGCACAGAGAAAACAACUGACAGAUUCAAGUAUUCUUAGUCCAGAGCAAGCCACCAAGAUUAGUCUACGAUCAGCCAGACCCGAUGAUUGCGGUGAAAUCAUGAAGUUGCUUCGUGACUUUGCUGAGUGGGAGGACAGCCUGGAUAAGCUCGAAAUCACUGAAGAAGACCUUCUUCGCGAUGGUUUCGGUGAGACGCCAUUUUACCGGUGUGUGGUUGCCGAGGCUCAAGGGAGGGAUAACAUCGCGUCUCUCGUGGCGUAUGGCAUGUACAACUUCAUAUACUGCGCAUGGAAAGGACGCAUGGUCACCUUUGAAGAUAUUUAUGUUCAUCAAGCUUACAGAGGCUUUGGACUCGGUGCAAUAGUUCUACAUCAAGUUAGCAAGCACGCCUACAACCUCGGAUGUCGUCGGGUGACCGGCUACGUGGACGAUAACGACGCCAACCUACCGCGAUGGUAUCAAGGGUACGGCUUCGUCGACUUCUCACGCCAGUUCGACUACCAUAUCUACUCCCUCUCCGACGACCCCCUCGAAAAGUUCGUCCACGAGCACGACCCGUUCACGAAACCAAACGACCUCGGGCUUGAUAUUGACUCCUUAAUGUGAAUGGUCGAGGGGAUCGGAACUGAUUGAGAAAAAAAUGCAUCUUGCGAGUUGCCCAUUUUGCUGUCCAUACCCUGUGUUAUCUCAUAAAGUAAUGCCUGUGCCCCCUUCAAAAUUUGCCUGGGCCCCUCUUUUUUGAGGGUCCAUGCUACGCAAGUACAUAUGUAUGUGAUAUAUCGGUAUACUGAGGAACACAUCGUGAGAUCCGCAUUGUAUGGACAGCACAACGUGAUUAAAAUUCAACCCGAUCAUAUCAUAUCAGGUUGUAAAAUGGCGUAUGGACAUAAUAUACUCAAAGAACGUGUUUGCAAGCUAUUUCUGCUUUUUUAAGUUUCGCGGGUCGAAGCUGUUUUUCGAGCUUGGCUGAUGCCAUGUGGUUGCUGCAUUUUCUAGAGACCCAUGCAAUAUUUCGCUCGUUAUAUGUAUGUUGUAAAUAUAAAUUCAUCUCUUCUUCAGUCAAUUGGUGAUCCUGUGGAUCGAAGUAUUAGCUUUUGAAGGAACAAGUGUUUUU